UUUCAUGUUGAUAAUAAAUGGUCGACUUUCUCUAUCUAAUUUCUCCCAGUUUGAAGAUGAGUUUUCAUGAUAAAAUUAUGAAAAGGGACAAAGUAUCUCGUUUGUAUUUAUCCGAAUACUAUUUGGUAAUAAAUGCAAUUCCAAAGCUCAAUUCAUACACUCAAUCUUUUGCAUAUUAUUUUCAAAUCACAUUUAUUGCUACAAAACAUCUCAUUUUUAUAAUUACUUCUCAAGAGUAUUUAUGGUGAAAGCUAGAUAAAACUAAUUAAUUUAAUGUGAAUUCAAUGAAACCCUCUCCCCUCUUGUGUGUGCAUCUUUAUCUAUAUAUAACAACAACGAAUAACAUGAAGACGUCAAACUUUUUCUUUAACUCUCAAGAACAAGAACAAUAGUCUUAACCAAGAUUCCUACAAAAUAUAUAUGCAGGAAACAUGAAUCAGCAAGAAACUGCGAGUACUCUUAAACUUGAUCUGAAACUAGACAUAUUGGAUUCAUCUUUGCCAAUUGAGAGCCCAUCUUCAUCGUUGUGUUCGGAGGAAGCUGAAGGUGGAGAAGGAGUGACUAAAUCGAUGGUGGUCGUUGGUUGCCCUAAUUGCAUCAUGUACAUCAUCAUGUCUUUGGAUAAUAACCCUAGAUGCCCUAGAUGCAACAGCCAAGUUUUGCUUGAUUUUCUCACAAGAAACGAUAGCAAAAAGAGUAUUAAUUAAAAUAAUAUCCAACUAAGAAUGUUCUUUUCUUUUUAUUUUCUUUUCUUGAUUUAUUGCCACAUAUAUUGAUAGUUUUUUUUUAUCAUCCACAUAUUUUAAACUAGUGAACGGAUGUAUUCAUAAAACCGAAAUUCUAUAUACUUCUGUUUAGACCUGGGA